AUGUUAAUGCAGAGAGGAACGUUGACCUGCGGUAACCUGGUGUCCAUCUCUCUGUCUGUGUCUCCGCAGUACGUCUUUGUGUCCCUGCUGUCCAGAGACAGUGUCUACGAUGUUCUCAGGAGGAUCUGCACUCACCUGCAGGUGAACGGGAAGAGUCUGAGUCUGAAGCAGUACCUGGAGGAGCCCAGCUCUCUGUCCAUGGACGAGUAUCCAGAGGUGUUGAAGUGGCGGAGGAAGCCCUCGCUCCCCGCCGUUUCCUCCUCCCUCCCGGACCUGCUGGGAAACUCGCCCCCGAGCCUCGCCGCAGAGACGUCCUUCAGCGCGCACACGCUCACAG